AUGAAUUCGUUGAUAGGAAUAAGAAGUAGCAGUCAGGCUCGAUCAAAUAGAUCAAGAAGUAGAUCUUUAUUAGGAUCGGGACAUAGCUCCAUAUCUACCUCACGUUCGGGAUCGAGAUCCAGGUCGAACUCGAACAGGGGGAGCUCUUUUAACGUUAGAGGAUCGGUAGAUAAUUACUCCUUCACUGGUCUCAACGCACCAGAGAAAAACAUGGCAUUUGAUGAUCCUAAAGAACGCAAUUUGGAAAAAGAAUUGGAAAGAACUUUUUGGAGAAAGUUCAGGGAGAACGUCGUUGAUAAUGACGAUACCUGGAUCAAGCUUUUCUUAAUUUUGUCAUGCCUUUCUGCAAUUAUAACCCUCGCAAUUGAGUGCGCAAUUUGUGGGCUUUUUAUGGAUAGAUUCAAGUUAUUAGCUACUGGUACCAACGAUUACAAUCCAAUACUUGCGGUUUACGGAUACUACAGAUCUUUUUUGAAACAAAAAAGGUACGCAAUGGGUGCUUACCUGGCCCUUUACAUUUAUGCUGAACUCUAUCUUGUGAUAAUGACUUUAAUUGUCCUUUAUACUAGAAAUGUUUACCAUCUGAUGUCUUCUGUUUUGUUUCUCGCAGCCAUGGCCAUUUACUCUGGAAUCCAAUAUAACGAAAUCACUACGACAAUUACAAGUUUCAACACAUAUAAUCAACUUUUCACAUCAACCACAGACGCGUUUCAAUCAGGUGUUGAACAAGCAACAAGGAAAAUCAAAGGACUCUCGAUUGCCGUUAUAGUGAUUGCGAGCCUUGCAUGUCUUGUACAAUCAGCCAUAGGAUAUAAACUGAAAGACAAAUUUCAGCAAUUCACAGGUGAAGCUGUUGGUAACAAUAGAAAAAUGAUUUAUGCAAAUACAGUGUUCAACUUGCACAGAGAUGCCCUUCUACUGGCAUUAUUUUUUGCACCAGGCUACUUCUUACAGUCUGUUAUCAUCGCUCCAAACAAAUCUGACGCAGAAUUUGGGUUGACAAUAGCAGCAUUGGUUCUAUCUUUUUUGGUGGUUUUUGGAGCAGACUUUUGUACAUCAAGAGAAAAGAAGUUGCCAUCAACUUUUUUUUCUGCAUGCUGUACAAUCGGUCUAGGAUUUAUUGUUUUCAAAAUUGUCCGCGUUUAUCUGCGGUAUCCGUCGAACGGCCAAGAUCUACCGGGACGAAAAUCAGUUGUCGCUUUUGGUGUGAUAACAGCUGUUUUAUUGCUUUGUCUUAUGAUAUUAUUGUUACAAGUGAUACGAAAUUUUGAGCUUGGAUUAUACAGCAUAUACGCUGGAAACUACAACUGGUUAGUUAAAGCAAGAGAGAAGUACCAGGAGGAACUAGAUCAAAAAGUCAAGCUCGAAGUUAGUAAAGAUGCCGCUGAUAAUGCUGUCCCAUCACAUAAGAUUCAACACGAAGGACAACAAAAUGGCGACUCCCCGAUAAAGGUAUUACCAGAUAGAGAAGAACUUGAUUUCUAA